ACCCAGGAAGCUCCUCUCAGCAGUACCACGCUGUUCGGUUGAAUGAGCCAAUUGAUUAUAAUGAACUGAAAGUGAAUAUUAGCUUGAGUUUCGUGUUGACGAGGAGCGGUGGAGCCAAAGAACACAAAUAUACCUGGAAGGAUUCAAACAUGGAUGAGGAUGGACUGCCCAUAGUCGGAUCGGGAAUAGAUUUGACAAAGGUACCAGCCAUCCAACAGAAGAGAGUUGUUGCCUUUCUCAACCAGUUUAUUGUGCACACUGUUCGAUUCCUCAACCGAUUCUCCACUGUCUGCGAAGAGAAAUUGGCCAGCGUAUCCCUUCGUAUUCAGCGAAUUGAAACUACUCUCAGUAUUUUGGAAGCUAAGCUGUCCUCCAUUCCUGGUUUGGAAGAUGUGAGAAUAGAAGGGGUAGGACAAGCUGUCAACUCCAACGGUCCAGUGGUGGUAACCAGCCAGUCGGAGAUCCCUGCAGCUGCUACUCCUGGGGAGACACCAGACCAGCAGAGGACAGAAGUAGUCAUAGAGAACGUCCCAACUGUGUCUACAGACCCACGUUAUGCCAGAUACCUGAAGAUGGUGCAAGUGGGCGUUCCAAUCAUGGCUAUAAAAAACAAGAUGAUCCAUGAUGGCUUGGAUCCCAACCUGCUGGACACUCCCAAUGCACUUGUGCCCGAUGUGGGGAAGAAGGUUGCAGAGGAUGGGGACGAUCACAGCUCCAGUGGUGAAUCAUCCUUCAGUGACUGACUCCGUCUUUGCCUUAGCAAAAAAUCAUCGCUUGGAGACUGUCCCCUCCCAGACAGAAUAUAGAGUGGCAUGUACUGUAAUCUUACAGGGAGACCCUGUGCAGUGUAGGUGACAGGUAGAAGAGGAAUGAAGGGGAGGCAAAUAUGAAGUCCUGCCUCUGUUCAUGACUUAGGUCAGGAUUUGGUCCGUCAUAUAUGCUGAAUGCCAGAAAAGCUAAAAUAACUUUCAGCUCAGACCAUGUGAGAUGACCUCAAAAGAACUAUUUGCACUUUCAUGUCUGUCAGCUCUUAAUUUUUUUCUUAUUGAUGUAAUGACAUUGUGAUUCGCCAAAUGUUCUACUACGGGAGUAUCUAAUCUUAUCCAGAGGGAAGGAGUGGUUGUAGGUUUUUGUUUCAGCCUAGCACUACGACACCUCAUUCAAAUAAUGAAAUCAUUACGGUCUUCAAUCAGUCACAGACUUAGUGUCUUAGGUCCCUUAGUGCUGGGUUAAAACAAAAACCUUCAUGCACGCCAAGGUUUAAACAAAAACCUGCAUGCAGAAUGGCCAUUUUUGGAUAAUAUUGUUCUGCAAUAUGUGGUGAGGAAUUUUCCAUAUAUAAUAGUUAUAAUUAUAAUAAUAAUAAUAAUAAUAAUAAUAAUAAUAAUAAUAAUAAUAAUGUAUAAAGAUGUAACAUAAAGAUGCAUAAUAAAGAAACAUUUCAGUUCUCA